CGUAGAAGGGCGGACACAGGGCGGGAAUACGCGCAUGCGCAGUGCUGCGAGAGGUGCGGGUGCCGUGAGGGGGCUGACAGCAGCUCACGCCAUACUGGCCACCCAUUGGGUCAAACAUGCUAAGAGCCAAGGAUGCUCUUCUGUGCCUGCAGUCCUGCCGUUGCUUCUGCCCAACACAGCUUUCAGCCUGCAGGCUCACAUGGCGCUCACUGCACCGUCAGCCACUGCACCCUGAAUGGGCUGCCCUUGCUGAAAAGCAGCUGAAAGGCAAGAAUCCAAAGGAUUUAAUUUGGCAUACCCCAGAGGGGAUCAACAUCAAGCCCUUGUACUCCAAAAGGGACACAGAAGAGCUUCCUGAGGAGCUGCCAGGGGUGAAACCUUUCACUCGAGGACCCUACCCAACCAUGUACACAUACAGGCCGUGGACCAUCCGCCAGUAUGCUGGCUUCAGCACUGUGGAGGAGAGCAACAGGUUCUACAAGGACAACAUUAAAGCUGGCCAACAGGGAUUGUCUGUUGCUUUUGAUUUAGCCACCCAUCGUGGCUACGAUUCAGAUAACCCACGAGUUCGAGGCGAUGUUGGAAUGGCUGGAGUUGCCAUCGAUACGGUAGAAGACACCAAAAUCCUUUUUGAUGGAAUUCCUUUAGAGAAAAUGUCAGUUUCUAUGACAAUGAAUGGGGCAGUCAUCCCUGUGCUGGCAACGUUCAUUGUAACUGGGGAAGAGCAGGGAGUGCCUCAGGCCAAGCUGACAGGGACAAUCCAGAACGACAUACUGAAGGAGUUCAUGGUCCGAAACACGUACAUCUUCCCUCCAGAGCCAUCAAUGAGGAUUAUUGCUGACAUCUUCCAGUACACCUCAAAGUAUAUGCCAAAAUUUAAUUCCAUCUCAAUCAGUGGAUACCAUAUGCAAGAGGCAGGAGCUGAUACCAUUCUGGAAUUGGCUUAUACUAUAGCAGAUGGCUUGGAAUACUGCAGAACUGGACUGAAAGCCGGCCUUACCAUUGAUGAAUUUGCACCAAGGCUCUCCUUCUUCUGGGGAAUUGGCAUGAAUUUCUAUAUGGAAAUAGCUAAGCUUCGAGCAGGGAGGAAGCUAUGGGCUCACUUGAUAGAGAAAAAGUUCAAUUCCAAGAAUCCCAAAUCUCUGCUGCUUAGAGCUCACUGUCAGACUUCAGGCUGGUCACUCACUGAGCAGGAUCCCUUUAACAAUGUUAUUCGCACUACGAUUGAAGCAAUGGCUGCAGUGUUUGGAGGCACCCAGUCACUGCAUACAAAUUCAUUUGAUGAAGCUUUGGGUUUGCCUACAGUGAAGAGUGCUCGCAUUGCUCGCAAUACACAGAUCAUAAUACAGGAGGAGUCAGGGAUUCCAAAAGUGGCAGACCCCUGGGGGGGAUCCUUCCUGAUGGAGUGCCUCACCAAUGAUGUCUAUGAGGCUGCUUUGAAGCUCAUUGAGGAGAUUGAAGAAAUGGGUGGAAUGGCCAAAGCUGUCGCUGAGGGAAUUCCCAAACUUCGUAUUGAAGAGUGUGCAGCCCGAAGGCAAGCCAGGAUUGACUCUGGUUCUGAAGUAAUUGUUGGAGUAAACAAAUAUCAGCUAGAAAAAGAGGAGGCAGUUGAAGUUCUGGCUAUUGAUAAUUCUUCAGUCCGUAACAAGCAGAUUGAGAAGAUUAAUAAGGUGAAGGCCAGCAGAGACCCCGCAGCAGCUCAGCGAUGCCUUGAUGCUCUAACACAGUGUGCAGCCACAGGUGAAGGCAAUAUCCUGGCUCUUGCAGUGGAAGCAGCACGUUCAAGGUGCACCGUUGGAGAAAUAACAGAUGCAAUGAAGAAGGUGUUUGGGGAGCACAAAGCCAGUGACCGAAUGGUGAGCGGAGCUUACCGACAGGAGUUUGGGGAGAGUGAUGAAAUCCUUCAUGCUAUCAACAGAGUUACCAAGUUCAUGGAUCGCGAGGGGCGCAGGCCCCGGAUACUGGUUGCAAAGAUGGGCCAAGAUGGCCACGACAGAGGAGCUAAAGUUAUUGCUACAGGAUUUGCAGACAUUGGCUUUGAUGUGGACAUAGGUCCCCUCUUCCAGACUCCUCGCGAGGUGGCCCAGCAGGCUGUUGAUGCAGAUGUGCACUGUGUUGGUGUGAGCACACUGGCAGCAGGUCAUAAAACUCUCGUGCCUGAACUCAUCAAAGAACUCGAUGCCCUCGACCGCCCAGACAUUCUUGUUAUAUGCGGAGGUGUCAUCCCACCCCAGGAUUAUGAUUUCCUACAUAAAGCUGGUGUUACCAAAGUGUUUGGCCCAGGGACUCGUAUUCCUAAAGCAGCUGUCCAGGUAUUGGAUGAUAUUGAGAAAUGCCUGGAGAAGAGGCAGCAGUCCAUGUAAUGCUGAAAUGCAGCACUAUUCACCCAGCCUUACGUUAAUCACUUUGGGAAUGUAAUCAUCAGCGAAGGACGGCCAGCCACGUUCCUUUGGUUCCCCACGACCUGGUGCUUUGUGCUUUCUAAGAAAGUUGUAAAUUCUCUGCUUGUUCUGCUUGAGGAUUAUUUAUGUAUUUACCCACAAAAAAAAAAAAUUAUCUCUGAAACUAUUAAUUCAAGGAAUCAAGGGAAUUCAGGAGGUGGGUUUGCUGUUGGUUUGUUUUUUUGUUUUUUAGAUACACUGAUAAAUAAAAUAUCAGCUCAAGCUCUUUGGUUGACCUCUUUUGCAUCCAGAUAACCAUCUGAAUUUUGGAAUCAUAUAUUUGGCAGGCAUGGGAGUCUUCAGGCAAAAUUACUAAAGUUCAGCAGAGAUGUGAUUGACUUAAGCAGCACUUUGGUGUUAAUGUUAAUCAGACUCAGUUCACUUUAGAAAUAAGUAAGUAGAUAAAACAUAGUUUUUCUAAGUUCAUGGUUUGUUUAAUAAGACAGUAAUGUUGUAUCUGGCAGUAACCAAUAUAGGAGCAGCUGUGCACCUUUUGCCUACAUCAUUGCUCCUGUGCUUCACUUUUUCUCAAAUAAAUCAUAGAAUCAAAGAA